AAUUCCGUGUAAAUAGCAACUCUGACCACGCCCCCUUGUUUGACGUUUCAAAAACAACACAGACGGAAAAAAGAAAAUCCCUCUCUGCUCGGAAAAAAUGCUGUCGGCGGUGAUGAAAGAGCAUCAGGGUAGGCAGCAGGUCCGGAAAGAACAGCAAGAAGUGAAGCGGAAAGAAGCUGUCAAGGCGGCCAAUGACCUCACGCAGGCUCUUGUGGACCAUCUCAACGUCGGGGUGGCGCAGGCGUAUCUGAACCAGAAGCGGCUGGACACGGAGGCCAAGCACCUGCACCACAACGCGACCACCUUCGCCAAGCAGACGCAGCAGUGGUUCCUGCUGGUGCAGAACUUCAGCAGUGCCCUGAAGGAGAUCGGCGACGUCGAGAACUGGGCCAAGAGCAUCGAAACGGACAUGCGACUCGUUUCGAGCUCGGUCGAAUAUGCCUACAAGGGUUUAUUCGAUGAGGGCGAAUCACAAUGAUAAGAGUGAACCGUGGCCUUCCUCGAUGGGACUGAUUUUUGUUAAACUUUUUAUUUGCCAGCUUAAAUCAAUAAGAAAUAUACUAAAUAAAUAAAGAAUGUGUUAAAUUGCGGGGUAACAAUUUGCUAAGCAAAUUGAGGCUGUGUUUGCUUAAAAUUAAUUUUUAGUUCAUAUUUUGUUGCAGUUUUUUAUAUAAUUUUAGAAGAUAUUAUGUUUGUGUCGAAAUAAUGAAAAUAAAAUCUAUUAUUUUGACUGCAAAA